GAUGACAUCAUUUGCAUAGGGUUGAAGUGGGGGGUGGAAGUAACAAAGCGGCGCCUGCACGCUUACUGCCGGCGUUCAGUAGGCCCCUCCUGCCCGGGGCCAUGCACCCCUGAGUGGCGGCGUCUGGACCCCGGGCAGCCCCAGAGAGCCGGAGCCAGAGAACGAAGACGGGGCCAGGACACCUGCUGGGGGCUUGGAUGCCCGGCUGCCUCUGAGGACAUCUUUGGAGCGAGGGUGGCUUUGGGGUGGGGGGUUGUGCCGCAGGGAAUCCAGCCAGGCCCCAAGAUGGACACUUCUGGGCACUUCCAUGACUCGGGGGUGGGGGACCUGGAUGAAGACCCCAAGGGUCCCUGCCCGUCGUCCGGGGAUGAGCAGCCGCCGCCGCCGCCGCCGCCGCCGCCCCCAGCAGCCCCCCAGCAGCCCCCGGGACCCCUGCUGCAGCCUCCGCAGCAGCCCCAGCAGCAGCCAGCGCGUCCCCUGUCUCUGCUCGCCCAGGUCCAGAGCCAGCCCGUCCAGCCCGGCCUGCCGCACUCCUCACCCACGACGCUCAGGGGCCCCCCUUCGGCCAACUCCACCGCUGCCCUCCGCCCCUCCUCCAGGCAAGGCAGCCAGUUCAAUCUCAAUGACCACUUGCUCGGCCACUCUCCGAGCUCCACAGCCACAAGUGGGCCCGCUGGCGGCGGCCGGCACCGGCAGGCCAGCCCCCUGGCGCACCGGCGGGACAGCAACCCCUUCACGGAGAUCGCCAUGAGCUCCUGCAAGUACAGCGGGGGGGUCAUGAAGCCCCUGAGCCGGCUGAGCGCCUCCCGGAGGAACCUCAUCGAGGCCGAGCCCGAAGGCCAGCCCCUCCAGCUCUUCAGCCCCAGCAACCCCCCCGAGAUCAUCAUCUCCUCCCGGGAGGACAACCAUACCCACCAGACCCUGCUCCACCCCCCCAACGCCACCCACAACCACCAGCACGCCGGCCCCGGCCCCGGCCCCGGCCCCGGCCCAGCCGCCUCCGCCGGCAGCGCCACCUUCCCCAAAGCCAACAAACGGAAAAACCAAAACAUUGGCUAUAAGCUGGGACACAGGAGGGCCCUGUUCGAAAAGAGGAAGCGUCUCAGUGACUAUGCUCUGAUUUUUGGGAUGUUUGGAAUUGUUGUCAUGGUGAUAGAGACCGAGCUCUCUUGGGGUUUGUACUCAAAGGAUUCCAUGUUUUCGCUGGCCCUGAAAUGCCUUAUCAGCCUGUCUACCAUCAUCCUCUUGGGCUUGAUCGUCGCCUACCACACGCGAGAAGUCCAGCUCUUCGUGAUUGACAAUGGCGCGGACGACUGGCGGAUAGCCAUGACCUGCGAGCGCGUCCUGCGCAUCAGCCUGGAGAUGCUGGUGUGCGCCAUCCACCCCGUCCCCGGCGAGUACAAGUUCUUCUGGACGGCGCGCCUGGCCUUCUCCUACACGCCGUCGCGGGCGGAGGCCGACGUGGACAUCAUCCUGUCCAUCCCCAUGUUCCUGCGCCUGUACCUGAUUGCCCGCGUCAUGCUGCUGCACAGCAAGCUGUUCACGGACGCCUCGUCCCGCAGCAUCGGGGCGCUCAACAAAAUCAACUUCAACACCCGCUUCGUCAUGAAGACCCUCAUGACCAUCUGCCCCGGCACCGUGCUGCUGGUGUUCAGCAUCUCGCUGUGGAUCAUCGCCGCCUGGACCGUGCGUGUCUGCGAAAGGUACCACGACCAGCAGGACGUGACCAGUAACUUCCUGGGUGCCAUGUGGCUCAUCUCCAUCACCUUCCUCUCCAUCGGUUACGGGGACAUGGUCCCACACACGUACUGUGGGAAGGGCGUCUGUCUCCUCACCGGCAUCAUGGGCGCGGGCUGCACUGCCCUCGUGGUGGCCGUGGUGGCCCGGAAGUUGGAGCUCACCAAGGCGGAGAAGCACGUGCACAACUUCAUGAUGGACACCCAGCUCACCAAACGGAUCAAGAACGCCGCGGCCAACGUCCUUCGGGAAACGUGGCUGAUCUACAAGCACACGAAGCUGCUGAAGAAGAUCGACCACGCCAAGGUCCGGAAGCACCAGAGAAAGUUCCUGCAAGCUAUCCACCAACUGAGGAGCGUCAAGAUGGAGCAGAGGAAGCUUAGCGACCAGGCCAACACCCUGGUGGACCUCUCCAAGAUGCAGAACGUCAUGUACGACCUGAUCACGGAGCUCAACGACCGCAGCGAAGACCUGGAGAAGCAGAUCGCCAGCCUGGAGUCCAAGCUGGAGCACCUGGCGGCCGGCUUCAGCUCCCUGCCCCUCCUCAUCGCCGACGCGCUCCGCCAGCAGCAGCAGCUCCUGUCUGCCCUCGCCGAGGCCCGGGUGGGCGCGGCGGGCACCCCGCACACGCCCCCGCCCUCCGACAGCCCCCUCGGGGUCAGCUCCGCCUCCUUCCCGACCCCGUACACGAGCUCCAGCAGCUGCUAAAUGAACGCCCGCUCCGGAAGCGGAACCCAUAGGUCUUAAGAUGCAAAUCGACUCUGUCCUGGUCACUGCGCCAUCAAGGAACGAUCAGACCAGGGAGCGCAAAGAAGAGAGACCGGCUAAUUAAGUAGCUCCCGUUCGUUCGGCGUGCUUGGUUGGAUACGCCUCGAAACCGGAAAUCUAAUCUUUGUU